CGCAAUUGUAUUAUUUUUCAAUCAACAUUACAUCAAUGAUUUCCUUUCAAAAAUGAAAAGGAUUGUAUUCCAUAAGUUCAAAGCACCACAAAAUUUGAGCUAUGAAUUAGCACAACAAUGAUAAUAGCAUAGCAAGAUGGCCUUAGAGCUCAAGAAAUGGUGCUUAGCAGAAGGAUUGAAAUCAUUGAAGCAUGUAAAACUCGCUCACUGCCGCCUCCUCCGCCUCAACCUCCACCACGACAACCACCUCCUCAACAUCAUCCUCCGCUCUUCCUUAAACUUUUCCAACACCCACUACCCAAUCCUCGUUUUCCACAAAACAACAUUAAACCCAAACACCUUUCUGUACAACACCAUGAUUCGCGGCAUGGUCUCAAACGACCGUUUCCAUGAUGCUGUUCAACUAUAUGCUUCAAUGCAUAAAGCCUCUCUCGUUCCUGAUAACUUCACUUUCCCUUUUGUCCUCAAAGCUUGUGCCAGACUCAAUCUUUUUCAAUUGGGUCUGACUAUUCAUUCUCUUGUGAUUAAAACUGGUUUUGAUUAUGAUGUUUUUGUGAAAACGAAUGUUGUUUGUUUUUAUUCUAAAUGUGGGUUUUUAAGUGAUGCCCGGAAGGUGUUUGAUGAUAUUCCUGACAAAAAUGUUGUAUCUUGGACUGCUAUUAUUUGUGGGUAUAUUGAGUUUGGUCAGUGUAGGGAGGCGGUUGAUUUGUUUAGAGGGUUGUUGGAGACGGGUUUGAGACCUGAUGGUUUUGUUAUUGUUCGUGUUUUGCGGGCUUGUGCGCGGUUAGGGGAUUUGCAGAGUGGGAGGUGGAUAGAUAGGUGUAUGAGUGAGUGUGGUUUGCAUAGGAAUGUUUUUGUGGCUACCUCUUUGGUGGAUAUGUAUGCUAAGUGUGGAAGUAUGGAGGAAGCGCGUUGUGUGUUUGAUGGAAUGGUUGAGAAGGAUGUUGUUUGUUGGAGUGCCAUGAUUCAAGGUUAUGCAUACAAUGGGUUACCAAGAGAGGCACUUGAGUUGUUCUUUGAAAUGAGGAAGGUAGAUGUGAGACCUGAUUGUUAUGCCAUGGUGGGAGUUCUCUCUGCAUGUGCGAGGUUGGGAGCGUUGGAGUUAGGAAAUUGGGCUAAGGGUUUGAUGGAUGAGGAGGAGUUUUUGUCUAACCCUGUGUUGGGUACUUCCUUGAUUGACUUGUAUGCAAAAUGUGGAAGUGUGGAGGAGGCUUUGAGGGUUUACAAAAUGAUGAAAGAGAAAGAUCGUGUUGUCUUCAAUGCUGUUAUUUCGGGACUGUCUAUGUAUGGACAUUUUGGGGCUGCAUUUGGAGUUUUUGGACAAAUGGGAAAGUAUGGAAUUCGACCGGACGAAAAUACUUUUGUUGGUUUGCUUUGUGCAUGUACCCAUGCUGGUCUGGUUGAUGAUGGCCGUCGUUAUUUUAACAGCAUGAGUGAUGUCUUUGGUAUGACUUCCACCAUUGAGCACUAUGGAUGCAUGGUGGAUCUCCUAGCCCGUGCAGGUUUGAUGGUUGAAGCACAUAAUUUGAUCAAGGGUAUGCCAAUGAAGCCUAAUGCUAUUGUUUGGGGGGCAUUGUUGGGUGGAUGUAGGUUACAUCGGGAAACCCAAUUGGCUGAACAUGUGCUAAAACAGCUCAUUGAGUUAGAACCAUGGAAUUCAGGACAUUAUGUUCUCUUAUCAAAUAUAUAUUCAGCAAGUCAUAGAUGGGACGAGGCAGAAAAAAUCAGGUCAACAUUGAACGAUAAAGGGAUGCAAAAGUUACCUGGGUAUAGUUGGGUUGAAGUUGACGGAGUCGUUCAUGAAUUCCUUGUUGGAGACACUUCCCAUCCAUUAUCACAAAAGAUAUAUGAAAAGCUUGAAAUCUUGCUGAAAGACUUGAAAGAAGCUGGUUAUAAUCCAACCACCGAGUUUGUACUCUUCGAUGUAGAGGAGGAGGAGAAAGAGUACUUCCUUGGUUGUCAUAGUGAAAAAUUAGCUGUUGCAUUUGCACUGAUCAGUACUGGUGCCAAAGAUGUCAUUCGUGUUGUUAAAAACCUUCGUGUUUGUGGCGACUGUCAUGAGGCAAUAAAACUCAUAUCAAAAGUUACAGGGAGAGAGAUAGUCAUUAGGGAUAAUAAUAGAUUCCAUUGUUUCAGUGACGGUGCAUGUUCUUGUCGAGAUUAUUGGUAAAACUUUGAUGUAUUUUGUAUUCUAAAGUUGAAAUUCAUUGUUCGCUUCACUUCAAAAGUUGUCAACCUUUAUGUAUACUUGGGAGGGGAUUAAUUAAAUCUGCGAAGUCUUGCACCUUCCUUGGAUAUAGUGGAGAUUGAAAAUAGUUUUGCUGCAUUUGGAUGGAGAAAUGACCACUUCUUUAAUGCAUCUCCAUACCUGACUUCAUAAUUCAUCCCAUCCCUCAAUUUGAAGCAGCAGUAUGUGCCCAAAACUGAACUGGGAGAGGUUUUGUUUGUCUUUCAGAAUGCAAUUUUCUCCAGACAUACUAAUCGGAUGGAGAACAUAAGCAUAGUUUUUAAGAUCCACUAUAUAUGCAACUUAGACCAGUCAGCUAUUGGAAUUCUAGCAAGAACGGCACACAUUUUAUAGCAAGUCGUUGGGAUGUCAUACUGCUUUUACAUAAAUGAUACUUUACCCAGUGUAGGCAAACAUACAAACUUUAAGCUCAAAAUUUGAACCAUGAGUUUUCUUAACAUGAAGAUGCAUUGAGCUUCUGUUCACUUCCUGUAUUGUCUCUGAUGCACAGCCAGUAUUUCUACCAGUACACUGCUCAGAAGUUCUUAAUGGAUGAUACAAAAGUGGGCAAUGUUUUACAAGGUAAAACUUUUGAUUCAACACACAUAUAUAUAGUAAUAAGAAUGGAGUUUGAUUCUUACUGCCUAUUUUUAAUCACUUAAUCUUUCUUUUCCUGGUACCUUUACAUCUAGAACUGAUUUAUUUAGUUAGAAUCCUUUAAGUUUUGCCUUCAUGUCUUGCACUCUGUGCACCUUCUCUUUUUUGACGGGUGAGUUCCUGUGCUGGGAAUAUUAUUGAAUAAAUCAUUUCCCAAAUUUUUGGUA